AUGUCCAAAAGGCGACGCGUGCACAAUGAGGAGGGAGGCAGAGGUCGGACCGACGGUCGAACUUGGGCCAUUGGCCUUUGCCUCACCGUGGCGGUGCUCUUCGCCUUGGCUUCUCUACAAGUCUUGGACGUGCCACAGAUCGGCCUCACUGAGCCGCACAAGACUAUCCAAAAGGCCAAUGUGGCUGAGGCUCUUCUGAGACUGGAAAAGAAUCAGAAAUCUGCCAGACUGGAACGGACAGCCCUGGAAGGAGGAGCUCCAAGCAGCACUCUGAGGGCGGAACCGACGGGCCAUCUGGACGGAUCCGUGGCCGGAGCUCCAAGCACGACGCCUCCGGGGCAAAGCAACGCCUCCGAGCCGGAGAUGAUUUGGUACGACCUUCCGCGGCGGUCACCGCUCAACGCGCAGAUCGAUCUGGUCAUCGCAGCCUUCCGGGAGGAUCUUAGUUGGAUCAACGUGAUGAUGGAGCCGAUGGCCUCGGACUUCGCGCUGCGUUUGUACUGCAAAGGUGAUCGUUUGAAGGAUCCUCGCUGCCUUCGAAUAGAUAACUUCGGCGGGGAGGAAUAUGCGUACUUGACGCAUAUCACCCACUUCUAUGACGACCUGGCGCCCAUCACCAUCUUCACGUUGGGCUCCAUUUACGACCGGGGCUGGGACUGGCUGAAGUGCCGCAAGCUCAACUUCGUCCUCAGUCAACUGGACACCCCGGAGCGGCGGCAAAACUUCCCGGGAUUUGCCACCAUGGCGCAUACGAAGCCAGACUCCUUCCACGAGUUCGAAGGUUUCUUCACCUUGACCAAAUACCAAAAUCACGCGGGUGGCACAAAGACCGCCUCCUGUCGGGCCAGCAUUACGCCUCUGCAGAAGUGGUUUGAAGCGUUCAUCAAUGUGUCACUUGCAAAAGCCAGGCACACGGGGGUCUUGUACAAUCCCAUCUUUGCCGUCUCCCGCGAGAGAAUACGUCAGUUCCCCAGGUCCAUGUACGAACGCUUGCUGCGAGAGAUCCUCCGCUGCACGGCCAAGGAGCACGAAGGUGUGGCAGAAGCGGGCCAUUACCUAGAACGCGCCUGGAAACCAAUGUUCGAGACAUACAUCAAAGAUGCAUACAAAUGUUCAGGGCAUUUCGGGCAGAAGAAGGGUGACCUUGCGUGCUGCAAUCAGACCAAGACCGUCUAUAUCGAGUUGCCUUGGACCAUUUGCUCUGAGUCUCGGCCGAUCUGCUCCGGAUUCGUGGAUGGCGCUGGAUGGGGAACGUGUAUGCCUGCCGAUCUGGGUGAACGGCGAGAUACGUGUCCAGAAGGGAUCCGAAUGAAGCCAAAGUAG